ACACAAUCAGAAAAUAUGCAAACGAUUAUUCAUCACCUGGCUUUAGUUUUCCUUUUCUUCUAAACACUCAGUACAUUUUUAUUUUCUAAAAACUGUCUCCUGAGUACUUGAAUAGAACAUUUGAAUGGAGCACUUAAGAAAACAAAAGUAGAAGAACAUCACGAGAAAACAUCCUCUCAAUACCAGACAACACUUUUGCAUGAUCAACCACUUGGGUCUCGAACCUCCUAUUCUCAGACUAUUUUAGGGUGUAUUACUAAAGCGUGCUGCAUGGUUUACCACCAUUCCACGGAUAAAAGGGAAGUUGGCAAGUAAAGGUUUGGAAUUGUGCACCUUACAAAAUUCCCUGGCCCAUCAUCCAUUCUUAUUCCUUCACGUGUCCCCCAAAACUACACAAGGAAUCCCAACCACACCCAUCCUACAUAACCCACAACCAACAACAUAUUCGCCUAAUCCUAAACUGUUAUUCAACUACCAACUACCUUAAUUUCCCCAUUCCAUUUGGAACAAUGAACUCUUCUGGCUCCAAUUCCAAUUCUCCAUCAAACCAUAACAAUCAUCACCACCACCACCACCCUCGGUUCAAACCAAGCCAACCCAUCUCAGACCGAAUAGUCCGCGCCCUCCGCCACCGCCUCCGCCUCCUCCACCGUGCCGGCUCCACCUUCUUCAUAUUUGGCGCCACCGGAAACGUGUACACGGUGACCCUCUCCUCAACCCCCUCAUGCACCUGCCCUGACCGUACCACCCCAUGCAAGCACAUCCUCUUUGUUUUCAUUCGAGUUCUUGGCGUGUCCCUUGAUGACGUGUGUCUAAGGAGGAGGACCCUCCGUCCCUGCCAGCUUCAGCGCCUCCUAGGCACGCCGACGCUGCCGGAGGCGGUGGCGGGGGGCAGCCUCCGGCAGAGGUUUCACCAGCUGUUCUUUGGUGGAGGGUCAGCAAGGCCAAAGAUAGAGAUGGAGGAGGGUGCAACGUGCCCGGUUUGCCUUGAGGAAAUGGGGAAGGAGCAAAACCUGGUGGCGUGUGGAACAUGCCGUAACCCCAUUCAUGAAGAAUGCUUGAUGAGGUGGAAGAGAAGCAGAGGAAGAAGAACGGCUAGUUGUGUGAUUUGUAGGGCGAGGUGGAGGGAUAGGGUGGAGCAGGAUAAGUAUCUCAAUCUCUCUGCUUAUGUUAGCGAGGAUGAUAUGGGACAACCUGCGGGGGGUAUCUGCACCGGCUAAUUAUGUUUCAUGUGCUGAAAGAAUCAAAAACCAAGGUUAACCGAAUGAAUGCUUGGUAUCUGUGUAAAAAUUGUUUAUAUUGCUUGCAAUUAGUCAGAAUACUUGUGUUAUUGUUGUCUCCCUGGUUGUUACUUGUUUUGUUGCUAUAUUUACUUUGUAUGCUGCCUUUUACUUUUAGCAAUUACCAGUAGAAUUAUCUGCAGCAAGAGUGGCACAACACAAUGUGGAUAUGCUUGUAAUAAUCCCCUAAUCUGCUAGCAGUGUCCUUCAUUUUGA